UCAAACAUUUAAUCAGAAUACUGAUAUCAUUAUACCGGUACAGACCGUUUACACUCCUCAUUUAAAGCCAUAGGAAUUGUGUCAUAGCUAAUAUAUUAUCUGUGUGUGUGUUUCCACAGUGUGAUCCAGGGGAUGGUGACUCUGGGAACAAUUUUGUCCUGUGUGACGGCCGGAGAGGUCAAACUCUCAGAUGCUGUCAGCAAGGUGCUCUGCAAGCAUUACAAACAGCUGCACCUGACAGAUAACCUGGGCAAGCUGUCCCACAUUCUCAAAACCAACCCCUUCGCCCUGGUGGUGAAUGAUGCGGCUCAGAGUAAGAUACUAUUUUGUUUAGAUGGGGCUGAUGGGCCAACUUGUCAGAGGCAGAUGGUGGUUAGUGUUGUGAAACCUAUUGACCUCCUAAUCCACAUCACCACACACAAGAUGCUGGAUCUCUCGUCCUCUGAAUGCUCGCUGUUAGACACACUGUCUCUGUGAGCACUUACUGUUGAAGAUAUCUAUAACCUCCUGCACACCAUGAGGCAGCACAGAAGUACUCUCUCUUUUAUAUAUUUAAGUAUUAAAUACCAACAUCCUCCUGACUGCUUUUCUGUUUUGUUUUUGUUUGUGUU